AAUGGUACCAGCAUGAUAUCGUUGAUCAUUCCCCCCAAAGACCAGAUUUCACGAGUGGCAAAAAUGUUAGCGGAUGAGUUUGGCACCGCCUCCAACAUUAAGUCUCGAGUGAAUCGCCUUUCAGUACUGGGAGCCAUUACAUCUGUACAGCAAAGACUGAAACUCUAUAACAAAGUACCUCCAAAUGGUCUGGUUGUUUACUGUGGAACAAUUGUGACAGAAGAAGGAAAAGAGAAGAAAGUCAACAUUGACUUUGAACCUUUCAAACCAAUCAAUACGUCGUUGUAUUUGUGUGACAACAAAUUCCACACAGAGGCUCUUACAGCGCUGCUUUCCGACGACAGCAAGUUUGGCUUUAUUGUAAUAGAUGGUAGUGGUGCACUCUUUGGAACUCUUCAAGGAAACACAAGAGAAGUCCUGCACAAAUUCACUGUGGAUCUUCCAAAGAAGCAUGGUAGAGGAGGUCAGUCUGCCUUGCGUUUUGCUCGUUUGAGAAUGGAAAAACGACACAACUAUGUAAGGAAGGUAGCAGAGACGGCUGUGCAACUGUUCAUUUCUGGCGACAAGGUGAACGUAGCUGGUCUCGUUUUAGCUGGAUCAGCUGACUUCAAAACUGAAUUAAGUCAAUCUGACAUGUUUGAUCAGCGGUUGCAAUCCAAAGUGCUCAAACUAGUUGACAUUUCAUAUGGAGGAGAAAAUGGAUUUAAUCAAGCAAUUGAGUUGUCAACUGAGGUCCUCUCCAAUGUGAAAUUCAUUCAAGAGAAGAAACUAAUAGGACGAUACUUCGAUGAAAUCAGUCAGGACACGGGGAAGUACUGUUUUGGCGUUGAAGAUACACUAAAAGCUUUGGAAAUGGGAGCAGUAGAGAUACUGAUAGUCUAUGAAAAUCUGGAUAUAAUGAGAUAUGUUCUGCACUGCCAAGGCACGGAGGAGGAGAAGAUCCUGUAUUUGACACCAGAGCAAGAGAAGGAUAAAUCCCACUUCACAGAUAAAGAGACUGGCCAGGAACAUGAACUGAUAGAAAGUAUGCCCCUUCUGGAGUGGUUUGCAAAUAACUACAAGAAAUUUGGAGCAACGUUGGAAAUUGUUACAGACAAAUCACAGGAAGGAUCCCAAUUUGUGAAAGGAUUUGGAGGAAUUGGAGGUAUCUUGCGGUACCGAGUGGACUUCCAGGGAAUGGAAUACCAAGGAGGAGACGAUGAAUUUUUUGACCUUGAUGACUACUAGGUAGUCGACCUGGGUCCGGCAAAACGUGCCUCGCCCCUCCAGCAUCCAACCCAAGGAGCAAACUCAUGGUGGAAAACACAACAGAUCCCUGCCUUAGAAUUGGAACAUUUCCAGAACUUGAUCCACAAGCAUUGGAUUUAAAAAAGCAAAACCCUACACUUUGAUUUGUCAUAGUGUCAGUACAGCAGCAAACUACUAAGUUCCUAUAUGCCACUUUGGACUAAUUUAAAAAGAAUCCCAGUUUUUACUUUUACUCAAUGGUGAAAUUGGUUGCUCUUGUAUUUUAUGAAAAAUGAUUUUUUUAACCUUCAUGAUACAUUAACUGCUGUAAACCUGUUCCUUCAAAAAUUAAUAGAAGUAAGAUCCUACUGUUUGUUUCUUUUUACUUUGAUUGGAGAAAUAAAUUGCUGCAUUUUGCAGCAACGUGACCCAUUUACAUGGCAUUCUCAGCUUAGACUGCAGAAGAAAUGUAAUGAAAUUGGAGCCAUUCAUUCUCUUCAAAAGAAUGAGAAGGCACUUACCUAGAGUGCUAGCUUAUAAUGUGUGGCUUGCAAAUUCAGAUGGUUUGGGGAGGCUUACCAGCCAAACGUGCUUUAAUCUAUUUGCAGAAGCACUGCUCUUACAACCUAGGAAAUGCACUUCAUUGAUUGCAAUGAAAAUGCUGCUGAAGUCUUGGGCUUAAUUUGGAUUUGAGCAGUGCAGCCUUCAGGUUUUUUUUUUUUCAGUCUUGACAAAAAUAAACAUAUGAUUUAAGUGAAGUAAGGUACACUUUGCUUUGUUUUGUCCUCAGUAAGGUUUUCUUUUUGCUUUAGGACUGCGUAAGGUUUCCUUGAUUAUAUGAAUUUGAAUCCAUAGUCUUUAA